AUGGAAACAGGAAAGGAGAGAAGGGUUUGCAACAAAUUGCAGCAGAGUUUCCACCAUUCUAAAGAGCCCACCUUCCUUAUCAACCAGGCCAUUCUAUGUGGUGACUCCCAUUCUAGGCUUUUGCCAGACACAGAGCAUGUCAGUCGUGUUGGAAAAAUAAGGACAGGACCUCAGAAAAUGAGACCUGGAACGGUGAUACUCUCAAAACAGUCCAGUAGGAGAAUUAUGUCGGGAAGUCAGCCCAGCACCCCCGUGAUCCCCUCCCGCAGGCCUGGAUUCCGGGUGUGCUAUAUCUGUGGCCGAGAAUUUGGGUCCCAGUCAAUUGCCAUUCAUGAACCCCAGUGCUUGGAGAAGUGGCGGGUUGAAAACAGCAAGUUGCCCAAGCACCUGAGGAGGCCAGAACCCUCCAAGCCACAGCCUCUCGGGGGCAGUGGGUCCUACAAUCUGCAGGCAGUGAACGAAGCAGCGCUCCAGAGUUCCCGGUCUCAGCUGCUGCCCUGCGAAUCCUGUGGCCGCACGUUCUUACCAGAUCGGCUUCCUGUGCACCAGAGAAGCUGCAAGCCCAAGGGUGACGGGCCCGGAGCACCAACCCCCAGCAGUUCUGACGAUCAUACUGGUCCCAGGAAGGCUGCUGGGGGCAUCCCAGCCCGACCAAAGACUCUCAUCUGCUACAUUUGUGGUAGGGAGUUUGGCACUCUGUCCCUUCCCAUUCAUGAGCCCAAAUGCCUGGAAAAGUGGAAAAUAGAAAAUGACCGGCUCCCCAGGGAGCUCCGCCGACCACUCCCACAGAAGUCUCAGCCACUUCCCACUGGACGGUCCAACCAAGAGGGGCCAAGUCAAGCUCAGCUGGAGCCCUGUCCAAACUGCGGCCGGACCUUUGCCCCAGAACGCCUUCUGGUACACCAGAGAAGCUGUAAAGCUCAACCUCGUGGGCCAAAAAUUCAGAAUUUGACCUUAGGAAGUAAAGGUGACCUAAAAGAGUCCACUAAUUCCAAGCAGCAAAGGAACAUGGCAGCACCCAUGGUGACUGAUAAGGUAAUUCAUGCCACAUGA